GAAGAAGCAGCUGUGUGUAAGAGAAUGUCCAUCCAGUCUAUACUCUCAAGGAACGCCUUGGCACUGGCUAAUAUGAUGAUCCGUGAGAUCUACGGGUGUAAUGUGAUCCCAUGUCCAUCGGGUACACUUCAGCACGACUUGUAUUACAAUUGCUCAGAUGUCAACGAGUGUAAGAUAAAUCCACCAGUUUGCGAAGCGAAACAAGAGUGUCAAAACUAUUUUGGAGGAUACGAAUGUGAUUGCACAGAACCCGGGUACUGCUUAGCAGGGAAAGUUUGUGACAAGUGUCUACGCUAUUCUUUGAUAAUUGUCUUUGACGCACAGUUUACCACUGGKUUGAACAAUCCACUAUCGUUUGAAUUUUUCGUUUUUAUUGAUAAAGUCAAGAARCUCGUUACUUCAACACUURUCGCAAUACCAGAAUUCAGAGAAUGCAGAGUGGAAAAGUUAAGUAAAGGCAGUGUUCGUGCUGAGCUGUCAAUAUACACAAGUACAGGAUACAAGGGAAAUGCCGCAGAUCUUGAGAAGCAUUUCAGAGACAAGCUUAACAGCACAAAGGGCCAAAAGUAUUUAGGAGAUCUGAAGGUCAUGUCCGAAACAUUAACAGAUUACAAUGAGUGUUCAAAAAAUCAAGUAAAUUGCGAUCAACAUGCUACAUGUGUGAACAAUGAAGGGACCUUUUCUUGUAAAUGCAACAGCGGCUAUGAAGGCAAUGGUGUGGAAUGUGAAGCUGGAUUCCUCAAGACGUACUGGUGGCUUGUUGUAGUGUUGGCCGUUGUYCUACUUAUUAUCAUAAUCGUAAUCAUAGUUCUUGUUGUCAAAAAGCCACAGCUUAAAAGCUUCCGUGUGGACGAUAAAGAACCUAAGUCUACAAUGAAACGAUCAGAUAGCAAUCUUUCCUACAAGAGUGGUGACGUCUACUACAAGGACAAAUAUGGYAACGUCAGAAGAGGAAGCCAGCAUGCCCAAGACYCUGCGGAACCUCGAAAUCCCAUUUACGGCAAGGAAAUCCCAGAAAAUGUGUACGAUAACAACGAUUCACGCUGGACGAACAAUAUUUACGCCUUAGAUAACCUUGGUGCAGAGAAACCAAGAGACGAGGAAUCGAUCGAGAUCGAGAUGACGUCAACAUUUGACGAAGAAACUCCGAAACAGAAUGGAAUGACUAUGGAUGAUAAAAUACUUUAGAUAUCACUCAAGUUGGUUUGGAGAAGYCAUCCACUUCAUCAUUCUAAAGACAAUACAAGUUGCACAUAUACACCUAUUUUCUACUUCAAGAAGAUUUCUUGUCCGCGUUUGGAUAUAAGUAAUCGAAAAUUUUCUAAAAACUACUGCUACUAAGAUUAGAAAGGAUUGGUAUUAAAUGAAGCUUGGCUGCUAUUCGUAAGAUCUUAUAAAAAAUACAUAGAAAAUGAGAUGAAAAAAGGAAUAGAAUUAAGAUGUCAUAAGUAGUUUUAAACACAGUUUAUAUUCUAACUUUGUAUAAUUACUGAGAUAAUGCCACGUGCAAUUAAAACCUUAUUAAAGCACAGAAA